AUGCUCGAACCAGCCAUCCCCCCGCACCUCCUCCUCCCCCGCACCCAACCCCCCCGCCUCCCCGCACCGGACUUCGCCCCUCCCAUCGCCGCAUACACCGCACGCUUCCCCCAAUCCGUCUCCCACCUCGUCAUGGCCACCGUCUGCGCCCAAGCCCGCGACACGCGCACCACCCUCGACGCAGCCGGCGUCCUAGCGCCCGUGCUCGCAUGCCUGCAGCGCGGUGCCGCCUCCGCCUCCGCCUCCGCCUCCGCCGUUCCCGACGAAACCACCCACAACAACAACAACAACAACAACAACAACAACAACAACAACAACAAUAACAACACCGACCAGAAGAACGACUCACCCACCAACACCACCACCGCCCCCCACCCCACCGCCCACGACCUCAUCACCUUCCACGACGUCGCCGGCCGCCAUACCGUCGGCGUCAUCGCCUACUUCGCCUGCUCCCGCCCAGCCUUCGCGUCCUGGUCCCGCCGCAGCGGCUUCGACGCGUGGUGGCAAGCGCUCGUUCCCGGCGCGGAACCGGUCGGCUGGUUCAGAGAAGUGUUUUUCCCCAGCGUCGACAGGUACGAGACGGUGUUCUCGUCGAGCGGGGAGGGGCCGGGCGGCGUGGGCGAGGGCGCGGCGCGGGUGGAGGGGAUGCGGUUGAGCGGGGCGGUGAGGGAGCAUGUUUAUUGGGGGAGUAUGAGGGAUCGGUUGCCGAGGGGGCAGGUGGAUGGGUUGGUUGGUGAGGGGGGGGAGGGAGUGAGGGGCGGGGUGGAGGGGACGGAGCGGAGGAGGGUGGUGGUGGGGGGGAGGGGGAAUUUGUGCGUGAUUCGGUCGGGGCAGGAUUGGUCGGGGAUGGUGGAGGGGGAGAGGAGGUUGUAUCUCGAGACGAUGCAUCCGGUGUUGGUGAGGGGGAUGGAUUUCUUGCGGGAUGAGGGGCGGGAGGUUGGGUGUCAUUGUUGUCGGUUUGUGACGGAGCUGGAUCCGGUGGAUGCGGAGAGGGAGACGGAGCGCACGUUUGGGUUUGCGUUUUUUAGGGACAUGGAGGCGCUGGAGAGGUGGUCCAAGUCGCAUCGGACGCAUGUGGACAUCUUUGGCCGCUUUUUGCAGUACGUCAAGGAGCUGGAUGGGAAUAUCUCGUUGCGGCUUUUCCAUGAGGUGCUGGUUCUCACGCCGGAGCAGCAGCUUUUGGACGGUAUCAGUCUAUCCAACGGUACCUGGAUUCUUUCCUUGACUAUGGCUUCGACGACAAUAUCCUGGAUGCAUACCACCAACACUUGGAACCUAGCCGCCUUGCUCGAGCUAGAUGUGGAAUACUGCGAGAAGAAUGGUAUCAAAUUGAUCUUCCAUCCGGGGAAUAAUUACCCUAGUGGGAGUCUACUCUACGAGGCAUUUCCUAUUCCAGACGUUGACGAGGAUUCAGACGAUGACGAUGACUCAGACCUUGACUAUGGUCUAGAGCUUGACGAGAUUUCAGAUGUUGGGGAAGUCUUAGAGGAUGAUGAAGGAGAGGAAUUACUAUCUUAUUUCAUGUUUACGGUUUAG